AUGACGAUGUUGAGGAGAGUGGUCGAGGAUGACGGCAUGACGCGACGACAGGAGAGACUACUAAAGCAACGACUGUUCCUGUCAACACGACAACAGCGGUACGAAGCGGCAAACGACACGACGAAAAGACGUCGAAAUCGUGCAGGACAGUACGUAUUGGAGUACCAGCUACGCUCAGUACGAGAGCGAGGAUCAGAAGGCGGUGAACGAGCAGAGGCAGAUGCACGAUGGGGUUUGUCACGGAGUACGACGAGCAUUUUCAAGCCGCCUGUGUCGUGGAAAACCCCGGAGAUGGAGAAGACGUGUAAUAUGAGGGCGUGUCAGGGCGGGUUCUAUGAGAGUGAACGUUGUAGAUUUGGUGUGGCGGCUGAAGAUUACCAGAAGAUCGUGAAAGACGUGCAAAUGGCGAAACAUCGCUGA